AGCUCCGCAGGGGUCUGGGGAGCCCGCCGCGGAGGGAGUGAGCGCUCCGCCUGGCUCCCCGUGUUUGACCUCCUGUCCGUCCCUCUCCCAGUCUGUCGGGCUCCGCCAUGGAGACGUUGGUCCGUGAGCUGGGGCUCCGGCAGCCUCGCUAGGGGUGCGGCCCGAGGCUGGGAGAAGUGGGAUGUACAACGAAGACCAGGAGCAGAUUUGAAGAAGUUCAGCGUGAACUGGUGCCCAUGAGUAUGUCAGAAACAGAGCACCUAGCCUGCACUUCCGGUGACAAAAACACUGGGCAGACAUUGGAAAGAGAGGAAGGCCCCUGCAGUCCAGUUUCUGGUGAUGGCAGCAGUAGCUUCGAAAAAGAGUUGACUCCAUUGUCAUCAAGCAUUGCUCCAACUGUGUGCCAGCCUCAUGAACACAGCGACGCAGCAGAAGUGCAGGAGAGCUCCAGUCCAGGUCACGGUGGAGGGGAGGAUUCUUGUGCUCACACAGACCGAUGCCCAGAAACGUUGGAACAGACUGCUAGUUUUCCUGAUGGGGAUUCUUCAACACAAGUUUCCCAAUCCAGUGAAGCAGUGCAGACAGUAACACAAAUCUUGGCGGAAUUAAGGUCAUCUGCCUUUCCAGAAGCAGCCAAUCCCCAGAGCCCCUACGACACAGACUCUACCAAGAAACUUCUUUCAAAAAUAAAGACCGUUUCACCUUCAGAGGAUUUGUUGGAAGAAAUUGAAUCUGAGCUCUUAUCUACGGCGUUGGAAGAUGAACACCAAUUGCCGAAUGGCAUGAAUAAGGGGGAGCACGCACUAGUGAUGUUGGAUAAGUGUGUACAAGAGAAGUAUUUGCAGCAGGAACAUACCAUAAAGAAAUUAAUUAAAGAAAACAAGCGGCAUCAGGAGCUCAUUUUAGAUAUUUGCUCAGAAAAAGACAAUUUGAGAGAAGAGCUUAAAAAAAGAACAGAAACAGAGAAGCAGCAUGUGAGCACAAUUAAACAGUUGGAAUCAAGAAUAGAGGAACUGAAUAAAGAAGUUAAAGCUUCCAAAGAUAAACUAGUAGCUCAAGAUAUUGCCGCAAAAAAUGCAAUUCAGCAAUUACACAAAGAGAUGGCCCAUCGGAUGGAACAGGCCAGCAAACAGUGUGAAGAGGCUCGCCAGGAAAAAGAAGCAAUGGUGAUGAAGUAUGUCCGAGGGGAGAAGGAGUCAUUAGACCUCCGAAAGGAAAAAGAGAUGCUUGAAAGGAAACUUAGAGAUGCGAAUAAGGAAUGUGAGAAAAACACUAACAGGAUUAAGCAGCUUUCUCAGGAGAAAGGAAGGCUGCACCAGCUGUAUGAGACAAAGGAAGGCGAAACAACUAGACUCCUCAGAGAGUUGGAUAAACUGAAAGAAGAUAUCAACUCGCACCUCAUCAAAGUAAAAUGGGCCCAGAACAAAUUGAAAGUUGAAAUGGAUUCACACAAGGAAACCAAAGAUAAACUCCGAGAAACGGUAACAAAGUUAACCCAAGCCAAGGAAGAAGCAGAACAGAUAAGAAAAAACUGCCAGGACAUGAUUAAAACCUAUCAGGAGUCUGAAGAAAUUAAAUCGAAUGAGCUUGAUGCAAAGCUCAAGGUCACAAAAGGAGAACUUGAAAAGCAAAUGCAAGAAAAAUCUGACCAGCUAGAGAUGCAUCAUGCCAAAAUCAAGGAACUAGAGGACCUGAAGAGAACGUUUAAGGAGGGCAUGGAUGAGCUGCGGACAUUGAGAACAAAGGUGAAAUGUCUAGAAGAUGAACGACUAAGAACAGAAGAUGAAUUAUCAAAAUAUAAGGAAAUCAUUAAUCGCCAGAAAGCUGAAAUUCAGAAUUUACUGGACAAAUUGAAAGUUGCUGAUCAGACACAGGAGCAAUUUCAAAGAGCUCAGCAGGAAGUUGAAACUCUGAAGGAAGAGGUGGACAGUCUUAAUGCGUCCAUGAGUGACCUCCAGAAAGACAUCGAGGGCAGCAGGAGCAGGGAGUCGGAGCUCCUGUUGUUCACGGAGAAGCUGACUAGUAAGAACGCGCAGCUCCAGUCGGAGUGCAAUGCGCUGCAGUCUCACUGUGACCAGCUGUCUUGCAGCGAGAGCCAGUUACACAGCCAGUGUGAACAAAUGACCGAGACCAGUGCUCAUUUGGAAAGUCGAUUGCUGAAAGAGGAAGAACUGCGGAAAGAGGAAGUCCAGACCCUACAAGCUGAGCUCACUUGUAGGCAAACGGAAGUUCAGACAUUAAGCACGCAGGUAGAAGAGCUAAAAGACGAGUUAGUAACUCAGAGGCGGAAACAUGCUUCUAGCAUCAAAGAUCUUACCAAACAACUUCAGCAGGGUAUACAAUUCUUCCAUACUUCGGCCUCAGUAGUUUCUUCUCCUUCCUCCCUUCCUCCCGUCCAUCCAUCCAUCUUUCCUUCUUAAAUUAAGGGUUUUGUAGAAAAGUGUAUUUUCUACUACAUGAUGGUUGGAGAGACAUGUUCUUUUUAAUGUACUAAUGUUCUUAGACCAAAGUGCUUAACUUCUUGCAAUGCCAUAGCCUGUCUUCUGCACUGAUUGCCCCCUACUCAGAGAACCAAAGGGUGGGAGGGUUGGAACAUGCUUCCGAGUAUUUGUCUGUUAUGGAUCCCAUAUUCCUAUCAGUUACAUUUGAGCAUUUGUUCCCCAAAUCAGGUACGGUUGUUACAGAGGAUAAACAUACACUACUCAACAUUAAGUGCAUUAGAAAAAAUAUAUGUAUCAAAUUUUCAAAGGAUGGGACUAAAUAUAAAUUCUGAUGCCUUCUUCCCACUUUUCCCUGUACAGUGAACCCUCGCCACUUCGCGCUUCGA